AUGUUUUUCAACGAAAUUUCACUGUCUUCCGGCAAACUAUCGGUAAGCGAGCUGUCACUCUACUUCUUUUUGGUUCGAAAACAUUCUCAGAAGUGUAAGAAAAGUUUUUUAACCAAAAGAUUAGAAAAAAAAAGAAAAAAUAGUCACGUUUUUCGAGAAAUCGUGCAUUUCCUGAAUAAAACCAACGAAAAGCUUGUGCCGGCCAAUUGCCCUUUUGGCGACCUUAUAUACCUUCGUGGACGAGGCUUUCACCAGGGCAGAUCCGACUUUGUGGGCGUCGCAUUAACGGUUUCAAGAAGCCGUAAAAUCCGUAAAUUCCGUAAAAUCUGUACACACAGCUUAACGAAUGUAACGGUACCCCUAAAACUACGGUAUUUUUUGAAAAUUUGUUAAUUUCUUGAGGAUUUUGAAAAUAUUCAAAUUUCUUGCGCAAAUUUUCAAAAAAUACCGUAGUUUUAGGGGCACGGUUACAUUCGUUAAGCUGUGCGCACCCCCGUUUUUCACGCAAAUUUCGGCCGACUUUGGACAGAAAUUAAAGCUUUAGAAAUAGAUUGAUUUCAAUUAUGGAAACAGGGGAAAUGAAGCUCAGGGAAUUUUAAAAAGUAAUGUAUGGUCAUUGCAGACUCUCAAUCCGCAAUGCGUGAGGAAAGCUGAGCCGUCCGUCGUCACCAUCACCAACGGGCACGGUAAUCAUUCGCUACUUUCACUUACCAGCUCAUUUGUGAUUAAUUCUCAGACGUUUGCGUCAAUACCGUCUUCCAAAGAACCUCGCCGAUGUCGGGAACAUUGCGCACUGUCGUCCAUCACGUCGCCAACGCGUGGCUGGGAGCGGUCUUUCAUUUCAAUUACUUCUAAUAUUACAGAAAAAAGUUUUCAGAUUUUGAAACCGGAAGAGAUGGGCAAUUACACCACCAGCACGAAGCCUAUGUCUUCGUCAAGAACUAUUAUUCCGGCUGAGCUGUUGAAUGAGCCAGUCCGUGAGUUACAUAUUCCUGAUUUUUGAAGUAUAAAAUACGACAUUACAGGAAUUCUACUCGAAUGUCUCUCGGUGGAAGGUGGCGUCGUCGACGGCAUCUCCAGUCACGUGGAACUUCUGUUUAAGGAGCGGAGCAUAUCACAAAUACAAUGUAAGAUUUCCCAUCGAAUUUUCCGACUGAGACAUGGACUUUUCAGCAACCACCAAAGAUCGGUGGGGAAUCGAAUGCGCAAGGGAAAUGAUUCUGCCGGUGAUGCUCCUCAAAACAAAAAGUGACUUGUCUUUCCCUUUUUUUCUCGCUUUAUCGUUUUUUUUGUUGUUUCUGUUGUUUUUUGCCCAAUAAACACUUAUUUUUCUAAUUUUAUCGAUUUCAUGUUAUCAAUCUAAUUAGGUGCCAUAUUAAUCUAAAAAGGCCGCCGUACAACACGAGUAGACUACGAUUAGAUUGAUAAAACGUCUAAUUAGAUUAAUAGCGAAUUGCCAGAGGCGAGGCCAAUCAAUUCGGUCAACACGCAAUUCCGGCCUAGAAAUUUUCGCGGUGGCCGGGGUAUGCAACUGCGUCGAAAACUCUUCCAUCCGUGUUUGAGUGCAAUUUUCACAGUUUCUUUUCUGGUUAAAAGUGUGUUCGUUUGUUAUUCUUCACAAGAAAUAAUUUCCAAAUUAACUUUUUCAGAUGCUAAAAUUUCUGUCACUGGUAAUCUUCUUCUCGGUCGUCUGGGCAGCGUUGGCGAAAAAAACACAGUAUCGAACGGAACGAAUCAACUUUAUUUACGAAAAAGCGCUACAACACGUUACCGAUCGUCAGAAUCUUGCCAGGCUAGAGGUAUUGCUGAAAUUUGUUGUUCUCCUUAAAUCUUUAAUUUUUCAGGAAGAGCUUUCCGGUUACGAUGCCAUCUAUUUGUCAUCCAAAGCGAAUCGACAAGGAUCUCACUCCACCAAAGAAUUUGACAAAAUCGAUGAUAAACUGGCGAACAUUCUAGAAAAAUACGGGUUAGAAAAAGCAGUGCAAGCUUUCAAAGAGGUGAGUAUCAUUCAAUUAUAGUUAUCACGAGUUAAAAAACAAUUUUUUUCAGAAGUACAAACACAAAAACGUGCAGCUGCAAACUGAGCGAAACGAGCCGCUUCCAUCGGGAAAAUUCCAAGACGAAACUCUUCAGAAGCUCUGGACACAAGCUCAAAACGGAAAAUUUUCACCAAAUGAGCUUCUCGUUUUGCAUAAAGAGCUCGAAGAAGUAGAGAGAAAAAUGCGAGUGUACGAGGAUAAAUUGGAGGAUUUCAAAAAGGUUCCGCACGAGAAUUCCGUCCAUCAUAUGGACUCAGAUACGCUCUCGGAAAAAACAAAGAAGCUGAAAUCGGCGAAUCGAGAGUUGAACAAUCACUUGGACGCAGUGUACCGGAAAGUGACUGAUGAGCAGUACUCCAUUUUUGAGGAGCCACGUGUACGAAGGCUCUGGAAGCUUGCGCUGGAAAAUAAGAAGCUCUCGCAACACGAAUUGAACGCGUUGAAAGAGGAAUUGCUCCACUUUGAGAAUCAACUCAAAAAGAUUGAAUUUCACAAGGUACACAACUUCUUGGACUGCGGACUUUCCGAUUAUUGACUUUAAAAAACAUUACCACAACGUGCUGAAGCGUAUAUGCGUAAAAAUUGCAUUCCGCGGGAAAAAUUCAGUGUACAAAGGCGAUACCAGUGUGUCGAUAAUUUCUCAAAAGAUUCAUCUAACACUUUUUUAAUUUUUUGUCAGUUGAUUGAAAAAAAUACACCGGAAACACAUGUUGUUUUUCAAGUUUCCCUUUUUUAAUUUGAGUUUCAUAACGACGCUGAUAAGAAGCAAAACAACUGUAAACAUUUGAAAGACCAUAUACCUUUGUGUGAUUCGUUUUCUUAUUGGCAAUAGAGGAAAAAUGAAAAACAACUUGAAGGUGUCGUGAAAAGUAAAAGUGAAAAAGUAACAUACACAAAUAUGUUGUUUUUGUACUACACGACGUCUUUCAACUUUCAAUUAUCGCAUAUUUUUUAAGGAAGAAGUGAUUCGCCUGCAAGCAGACGCCGAGGAACACGGAAAGGGAAGGGCGCACGUGUACGGGAAUCUGGAAUUGAGCGUGAAACAGGAGAAGUUGAAUCGCAAGGCACGAAAACUUGAGAAAUAUUUGGAAGAGAAAAUUAUUGUUCACCGAGAACUUUAGGACAGUCUUAUCGUUUCUUGAUGUCAAUAGUACUAUUAUCUUAUCUGCAAAACGUUGUUUGUUCCUUUUGAUACUUAUAUUUUGGUAAUUUUCGGUGCAUGUGCCAUAAUAGUGUUUCUUUCACCACGUGUCUUUUUAACACGUUCUCAUUCAUUGUCACAUUAUAUUUGUUUCAUCACACGGUGUUCUUUUUCUUUCUGUGAUAGGCUCCGCCCACUAAGACUAUAAAACAAUUUAUUUUUUGCUUUUCACUUUUUUUAAUUCUUCAAGCGUUAUCAAAUGCUCUCUCUAUAUUUCGUCUUUAAACCUUAUUUCCAAUAAGAAACCAACGUGUUUGUUGUUCAGAUGUUCAAUCGAUCGUUUCCACAAUUCAGCCGAAAAAGAGUAGCUUCGGAGACGGUGGCCGCGCAGCAGCAACUCUCCGAUAAGACAAACGUCUAUACGGUCAAACCGGCGGAUCGGGAUUUGGGUGAGCAGUGUGUUAAUGUUAAUCGCGUGCCGCAGAUCCCCAAAAACGGUUAUUUCUGGAGAAAUUUGAGAGGUUCAGGAGUAAUGAGGCUACGACGAGCCAGAACUGUCCCGUAUCAGAACCUAUCUGCAGGUGGAGUCAUGUUGUGACGGGUUCUGAUUCUAAAAAAAAAGGCAUUCAUGCAUAAACCAGGAACAAUGUAUUGCAGAAAAGAAGCAAAAGAUGACGCCAGUGCAGAAGGUCUGUUUAAAGUGCCUUGCAGGCGAAAGCGGACACAUCACCCACGUACUCUCCAACAUCGCCAAGUAA